GUGAUAGGGAGCGCGUUACACUCUGCCAGCCACCAGCCCACCACUGACAGACCUGCAAGAAUCAGACUGGUAGUGGCAGCUGCCACCAGUUAAAGAUUAAAUCCCCACUCUUUCCGUUUUGCCCGCCCCACUUUAAUGGAAAAACCGAGAAACAGAAAGAGAAACCGUUCAACUACGAUCACAAGUCGAGAACAUUCUUACUUGACAACAGCUUCGAGUCAUCAUGGCGUGCAUUUAUGGAGACGUCAUGAAAAUAGACACCACGGGGGCAUCAGAUUCGACAGCAAAACAGGACAACUUAACCGUAAAGGGUGUUGAAGCCUCCAGAAAACUAGCUGAGCAUGAUCUGGCCCGGAUGGAGAAAUACAAGAGUAUAAUCAUUAAAGUUGGAAGAGCAAAGCAGAUGGACCCGGCUGUGAUUGCUGCCAUCAUAUCCAGAGAGUCCAGAGCCGGAGCCGCUCUGAUAGAUGGGUGGGGCGACCAUGGCUAUGCCUUUGGCAUCAUGCAGAUUGACAAACGCUAUCACACUCCAGUAGGUGCAUGCGACAGUGAGCAGCAUAUCACACAAGGAACUGAGAUACUCAUUGGCUUCAUUAAAGAAAUUAAAGCAAAGUUUCCCCAGUGGACUCAAGAGCAAUGCUUUAAAGGGGGGAUAUCAGCCUACAAUGCUGGUGUGAAGAACGUCCGUACAUACGAGCACAUGGACGUGGGCACCACAGGAGAUGAUUACGCCAAUGAUGUUGUGGCCCGAGCCCAGUGGUUCAAUGGCAAGGGUUACUGAAGAACAGCAGUUAUGAACCUGUAAAACCCUUAUAUUUGUGUAAUGAGCACAACAAUUCACCAUGAUAAGUCUUCAUUUCAACAUUAGUACAUUAAUUUGGUAGGCUAUAAAUUAGAAUGCUAAUAAAGGCUAUAUUUUAAGAGUUUGGGCUGUUUUCAAAACGAGUACAUUUCCUGUAAUGAAAUAAAAGUCAUUUAUUUACUCAAA